CCCCUGCUGCUAGGACUCCAGAGCAGCCUAGGGUACUGCCUGGGUGAGGGCCAGGGAGCCGGGCCCAGCCGCCUCUCCCCCUCCCCUGCUUCCCAGUCGCGUUCCGCGGGCUGGACGCGCUGGGGAAGUUGAGCCGCGCCCGGCCAGCCCUGGAGUCUGACAGUCGCCAAAGUUUGGACCGAAGAGGAAGUGGCCUCAAGCCCCGGCAGGUGGCGGCCAGGCCUGGAGAGGGGCAUUCGCGGCCUGCGGGCCGGCUCUAGGCGAGGGCGCGCGCCAACACCGGCAGAGCCGAGUCCCAGCCUUCGAUUGCCGGCCCCGAGCAAGGACGCGCGGCGGCGGCCGGAGAAAACAACUCCAAAGUUGGCGAGAGGCACCGCCCCUACUUCAGGGCGGCUGGCGCCUCCCCGCCCCCAGCCCUGGCAUCCGGAGCACAGGUCGAGCCAGGGCCAUGGAGCCCCCGCGGGGCUGCUGCACUGGGGAGCCGGGACGCCCGCAGCACCGCCGCCUCUCCACUGGGUAGAAGACAGAAGCUCCAGGACUCUUCCUGCUCCUCGGGACGGCCCAGGAUGCUGCCGGCUGUCCUCUUCCCCCUUCUCCUUGGAGGCGCUCUGGCGCAUCCAGACCUGAACAUUUUCCCAAGUCCUGCUUGUGAGAACCCUCCUGCACUGCUCUUGGAAGUGCAAGGCACCUUACAGAGGCCCCUGGGCUGGGACAGGCGCAGCUCCCCUGCCAACUGCACCUGGCUCAUCCUGGGUAGCAAGGAGCAGACGGUAACAGUCAGGUUCCAGAAGCUGCACCUGGCCUGUGGCUCAGAACGUGUAAUCCUGAGCUCCCCUCUCCAGCCACUGAUCUCCCUAUGUGAGGCACCUUCUAGCCCUCUUCAGCUGCCAGGGGGCAAUGUCACCAUCACUUACAGCUAUGCUGGGGCCAGAGCACCCAUGGGCCAGGGGUUCCUGCUCUCUUACAGCCAAGAUUGGCUGAUGUGCCUGCAGGAAGAAUUCCAGUGCCUGAACCACCGCUGCGUACCUGCUGCCCAGCGCUGUGAUGGAGUUGAUGCCUGUGGUGAUGGCUCUGAUGAGGCAGGCUGCAGUUCAGACCCAUUUCCUAGCCUGACCCCAGGCCCCACCCCCACCCUGCCCUGCAAUCUCACCUUAGAGGACUUCUAUGGGGUCUUCUCCUCCCCUGGCUAUUCACACCUGGCCUCAGUCUCUCAUCCCCAGUCUUGCCUGUGGCUGCUGGACCCCCAUGAUGGCCGGCGGCUAGCAGUGCGCUUCACAGCCCUGGACUUGGGUUAUGGAGAUGCAGUGCAUGUGUAUGAUGGUGCUGGGCCCCCAGAGACCCCUCGGCUACUACGCAGUCUCACUCACUUUAGUAAUGGCAAAGCUGUCACUGUGGAGACACUGUCUGGUCAGGCUGUUGUUGCUUAUCACACAGUUGCUUGGAGCAAUGGUCGGGGCUUCAAUGCUACCUACCAUGUGCGGGGCUACUGCUUGCCUUGGGACCGACCAUGUGGGUUAGGCUCAGGCCUGGGGGCUGGUGAAAACCUAGGUGAGCGCUGCUAUAGUGAGGCCCAGCGCUGCGAUGGCUCAUGGGACUGUGCCGAUGGUACAGAUGAGGAAGACUGUCCUGGUUGCCCACCUGGACAUUUCCCCUGCGGGGCUGCUGGCACCCCUGGUGCCACAGCCUGCUACCUGCCUGCUGAUCGCUGCAACUACCAGACAUUCUGUGCUGAUGGGGCAGAUGAGAGACGCUGCCGGCACUGCCAGCCUGGCAACUUCAGAUGCCGAGACGAGAAGUGUGUAUAUGAGACAUGGGUAUGCGACGGGCAGCCAGACUGUGCUGAUGGCAGCGAUGAGUGGGACUGCUCCUAUGCCCUGCCCCGCAAGGUCAUCACAGCUGCAGUCAUUGGCAGUCUAGUGUGCGGCCUGCUGCUGGUCAUUGCCCUGGGAUGCACCUGCAGGCUGUAUGCCAUUCGCACACAGGAGUACAGCAUCUUUGCCCCCCUCUCCCGGAUGGAGGCUGAGAUUGUGCAACAACAGGCACCUCCCUCCUACGGGCAGCUCAUUGCUCAGGGUGCCAUCCCGCCUGUAGAAGACUUCCCUACAGAGAACCCUAAUGAUAACUCAGUGCUGGGCAAUCUGCGUUCUCUGCUUCAGAUUUUGCGCCAGGAUAUGACUCCAGGAAGUGCCUCAGGUGGUCGCCGCCGCCAGCGGGGCCGCUCAGUGCGUCGUCUGGUUCGCAGGCUCCGCCGCUGGGGACUGCUUCCCCGAACCAACCCCUCAUCUCGGGCCUCUGAGACCAGACCCCAGGUCACACCUCCUGUUGCUUCUCUUGAGGCCCUGGAUGGCAGCCCAGGUGCAGCCCAUGAGGGUGGAGCAGUGGGUGGGCAGGACGGGGAGCAAGCCCCACCACUGCCUGUCAAGUCCCCCCUCCCAUCUGCCAGCACAUCUCCAGCCCUCCCUUCUGUCCCUGAGACCCAGGGGCCACUGCCCUCAGUCCCUCUGGAGCCAUCAGUGUUGUCUGGAGUAGUGCAUGCCCUGCGAGGCCGCCUCUUGCCCAGCCUGUGGCCCCAAGGACCAACCUGGACUCCACCUGGACCCCACACAACCGUCCUGGCCCCAGAGGAUGAGGAUGAUGUGUUGUUGAUGCCACUAGCUGAGCCAGCGGUCUGGGUGGUAGAGACAGAGGAUGAACCACUGCUUGCCUGAGGGGAUCUGGCUCCUCUGGGGGGUGGGGGUCUAGUCACAGUGGCACACCCUUUUUAGAGAGUGGCUUAGCUUCCCCACUGACCACUGUAGCUACUGGAAAGUUAGGUGUCCCUCAGUCAGGGAGAGGGCUCACUGAGAGCUUCCUCUACACAGCCAGAGACCACAGUUCCUUUCCCACCAUCCUUUCCCUAUCCUACCACUAUCCAGUUGAAUGUUUUUAAAAAGCAAAGUUCUUAAAGGGACAUAGGCCUGGACACUCCAUCCUUGCCAAACCCCAACCCUAAAGUGGCCUUAAACACAAGUGACAAUUGACUGGAGACCCUCUAGCCCCAAGGGGAGGAUUUAGAUAGGGCCUGAGGUUUUGCCAGUCUCCAUCCCUAUAGAGCCUGGCUCACAAAAAGAAUGCAACAAAUGUUUUUGUCCCACACCUACAGCAUUGCCCAAGAAAUCAAGGUAAAAAAAUAAAGGAAUCAUAAAUUUUAACAUUUUGUAAA